CAUCAUUCAUCAUAUCCGCAUACUCCGUCCUCAUCACGGAAUUCGCUGACAUCCAUACGCGCAUAAAUACAGUAUUCUUCUCUCUCAUUUCACCCUCUCUUUAUUUUUGCUACUACUACUACUACUACUACUACUACUACUACUACUACUACUAUUUACUCUCUCCGUGUCUCCUCAAUCCUACAAAUACCCACGCCAACCACACGCGUUGCCCGUGAUUUCUCCUGCUGUGCGCCGAAUCCGCAUCAAAAAAGUAAACACGUCCAGUUCGCCACCAAAAAGCAUCAAGGCAGGCGAUCUUAUAAAACCCUCGUUUCAGCCUCGUCCAUGUCGCCUCGCGCUCCCAAGUAAAUGCAUUUGUCGACAUUGAGAUGCCGUGGACUGUAACGAAUUCAUUCAAGCGAGGCCUCAUGAAAACUUACGGAAGACCCUUAUGGCGCGUCUACGACGACGACCAAAACCCUGCUGCGAAGAAGAGACGCGUCCAAGCCGGCGACGAGUCCGACGAAGCUGAAGCCAAUCUGCAAUAUGCCAUACGCGAGUCAUCCGCUGCUAUCCUAUCAAAUCCGUCGCGUCGCAAUUCAGUUGUUCUUUCAGAGGCCACGCAGGACGAUGACCUCUCAACACCUCCCUCGUCACCGCCACCCAGGUUGAGCCCGCCGCCGGCCAACACGCGGAAACCCACGUUUUCGUUCCUCAAGCGCAAGCACUCCGCGACUAAAGAUGGUGCCAAUGGUACCCCGCUUUCCGAGGUGAAUUCCAACAGUGUGCGCUCGUCGGCCGAUCCACCGAAGAAAAAGCUGAAACAGGCGUCGCAGCCGUCGCAACAACGGCAGCAGCAACAGCCGACGCUGAAACAGAUGCAGAUCGACGUGGGACGGGAUGUGCGCAAGACAUGUACGACUUGUGGGAUGGAGUAUAAUCCCACCAAUACGGAGGAUGCGGCUUUGCAUAAGAAGUUUCAUGAUAUGAACUCGACCGGGGUGGAUCUUGGGAAGGCGUUUAUGCGGGCGAAUGCAUGUCGCUGGGUUUACGAGGCGACUCGAUUCGAUGAGGGCUACGUGGUGAUUGUUGAUCGCAAGGCGUCGCCGUCUGCGAAGAACCAGGCGAAGAAAGUGUUGGAGGUUAUCAGCAAGGACCUCUCCUCUCCGGAGAUUCCCGACGACGUCCUCUGGAGCCAAGUCGAGCCUCCUAAGGAUCAACAACACGAGUCGAUGGAGAAGGUGGAUCGCUACAAGGUCUUUCUACACAUGAAAGAUAGUCGCUGCGUGGGAGCAUGUCUGACGGAGCGGAUUUGGGAAUCAAAGCCCGUCCAAAAGUCGGCAACACAGGCCAACGGUGGAGGUGCCGAACACCCGUCCAACAACAGCUCCUCGAUUACAGUUGGAGAUGAGACACAUCCCGCCAUCGUCGGCAUCUCGCGGAUCUGGACGUCAGGCUCGUCCCGACGGAAAGGAAUUGCCAUGGAUCUCCUGGAUUGCGUGGUGGUGAAUUUCAUUUACGGAAUGGAAAUCCCCAAGGAGCAGAUCGCUUUCAGUCAACCCACUGAAAGUGGGAAUCGUUUGAUUCGGUCAUUCUUUGGGCCCGAUGAGCCGUGGCAUGUUUACAAUGAGAGUUGAACCUUUCGCAGGAUCGAAAUUGCGUGGGAUGGAAGCAGAUAUGGACGUUACACACUCAGUACAAGAGUGACUGACUGAUACCCUUUUCAUUUAUUUUGUUUAUCCAUUGGGCUUUGGUAUACGAAGAGAUUGCGCAGAGCAAUCUGGCUCAAUUUGUAUAACACGGAUCUGGCAGGAUACUGUGUUUUCUUUCUUUCUUUCUUUUUUUUUUUUUUUUUUCUUUUUUU